AUGACGGGCACCGGCAAGUCGACCAUCGCGUACACUGUAGCACAGUGGCUGACCGAGCAAAGGGCCUUCGGUGUCAUGGAUCUUGGGGCCUUUGGGCCAGCUUCCUUUUUAAAGGCGGCGAAGGAGGUCGAGGUUCAUCGCCUAGAUGUGCUUGAAGUGAUCCGAUCCAACCCGGAUAUCUGCAGCAAGGCACUGGGUGAAGAAUUCAGGAUGCUGAUCAGUCCACUAUCACAGCAAAUCGUCACCGCUCCACCUCAUCCAAUACACAUCAUCGUGGUCGAUGCGUUGGACGCAUGUACGACAAAAGACAUCAACAAAGUGCCUCAACUCUGA